UUCUACAAGUACCUGCAAAUUUGGAGGCGUUCUCAUACCUUUCGCAGAUUCUUCGUUGUAGAAUCUCCGUCUCCAUUCUUCCUUCCUUCACUCAACGCCAUGAAAGUACCUCCAGAAAACAGCCAUUUCCUUCUCUCUAACAAUCUCAUUUCUUCUGUUCUUGAUGAUAUUCCACUCAUCAACGAUUUCAAGGGCAAAUGGUCUUCCAUGGCCACCAAACUCUCGGAUCUUCGCGCUCAAUUGAUCGAUGUUUCUGAGUUUCCCAACUCUUCUUCCAAUCCGCUCUCUCUCGAUUUCCUUCAUUCUGUUAUGGAAACUCUUACUCAGGCGGCUUCUCUCUCGCACAAGUGCCGCAAUCCGGGAGUUUCCGAUGGUAAACUCAAGACUCAAAGCGAUAUUCUCUCCGUUCUCACGAAGUUAGACUGCCUACUCAAAGAUGGUGAUGUGUUGAUUAAGAGUGAGAUUCUUCACGACGGUGUGAUUUCGAGUUCCUCGUCUAGAAGGGAGGCCGUGCGGGCGGAGUCCAGGAAUUUGAUCACUAGGUUACAGAUUGGAAGCAUUGAAUCCAGAGUAUUGGCUAUUGAUUCGCUGUUGCAGUUGUUGAAUGAGGAUGAUAAGAAUGUCACCAUUGCUGCGGCUCAAGGGGCUGUUCCUGUUCUGGUUCGGCUACUGGAUUCCAGUUCUUUAGAAUUGAAGGAGAAGGCUGUUGCUGCUAUUUCCAUUGUUUCUACGGUGGAUGGUGUUAAGAAUGUAAUGAUUGCUGAAGGAAUCGUGCUUUUGAAUCACUUGCUGAGGAUUCUCGAUUCUGGUAGCGGUUUUGCAAAAGAGAAGUCCUGUUUAGCUCUCCAAUCUCUGAGUAUUUCCAGGCAAAAUGCUAGGUCAAUCGGUUCCAGAGGAGGGAUUUCAUCUCUGUUGGAGAUUUGUGAGGCCGGAACUCCCGGUUCUCAAGCCUCUGCAGCUGCGGUUUUGAGAAAUCUUGCAUCAUUUAACGAAAUCAAGGAGAAUUUCAUCGAAGAAAAUGGGGUUAUAGUUCUUUUGGGGCUUUUGACCUCUGGAACUCCAUUGGCUCAAGAAAAUGCAAUUGGUUGUUUGUGUAAUUUAGUUGUAGAUGAUGAUAAUUUGAAGCUCUUGAUCGUUAAAGAAGGUGGGAUCGAGUUCUUGAAAAUUUUCUGGGAUUCGGUUCCAUCAGUUCGUAGUCUUGGAGUGGCUGUGGAGCUUUUGAGCCUCUUGGCUUCUUAUUCCCCCAUUGCAGAAACUCUUAUUUCAGAGGGAUUUCUUGAUCGGCUUCUUCCAGUUUUGAGUUGCGGAGUAUUAGGUGCGCGAAUUGCAGCAGCUCGAGCAGUUUACGAGCUCAGCUUCUGCGCAAAAGCAAGAAAAGAAAUGGGGGAAUCUGGAUUCAUUACACCCUUAAUUAAUAUGCUGGAUGGUAAAUCUGUUGAUGAGAAAACAGCAGCUGCUAAGGCGUUGUCUUCUCUAUUACAAUAUAAUGGUAACAGAAGAAUUUUCCAGAAAGAGGAGAGGGGAAUUGUAAGUGCAGUUCAUCUCUUAGAUCCUUCAAUCUUGAAUCUGGAUAAGAAGUACCCUGUUUCAUUAUUAGCCUCGGUUGUGAUUUCAAGCAAGUGUAGAAAGCUGAUGGCUGCUGCUGGUGCUGCUUUGUAUCUACAAAAGCUUGUUGAAAUGAAUGUUGAGGGGUCAAAGAAGCUGUUGGUAAGUCUUAGCCGUGCUAAAAUCUGGGGUGUCUUUGCCAGAUCUUAGCCGUGGAGGAGGUCAUUUUCCACAACUCUGUUUGUUGUAUAGAAGCUGAAGCAUGAUUCAUAAAUCUGUAUGUGCAAUAUAUGUUUGUAUAUUUUUAGGUAAUGGGUAUUGAUUCUAGUUUAUGAGUGAAUAACCUUUUCUGUUCUA